AUGGUAAGGUCUAAUUUAAACGUAUAUGAUAAGUUAGACAGAAUUGUGUCAGAUGUAUUACAAAAUAUCGAUGAAGAAUAUAAGAAUGGAGGAUCUGAUGAAAAGGUGUAUAUAAAAUUUUAUGAAUUAUUUCACAAGGAGAGUUAUAUAGAGAAGUUAAAUUAUAAUGAUUUAAUAAAUACUUUUAAAGAUAAGAAUAUACAUAAGUAUUUAUUUUAUAUGUUUGAAUGUGUAUUGAAUAAAAUAUCUUUAAAGAAUAAUAUGAAAUAUCUGGAUUUUUUGUUUAUUAUUUUAAGAUAUAUAACUUAUUUUUGGUUUUAUUUAUCUGAAGAUAACAAAUUAAUAUUAAUAUCUUAUUAUUAUUCCAAACUUAUAGAUUUGUUAUAUAAUUUAAAAUUAAAGAAAAGUGCUUUAUUAAUUAAUAUGUAUAACAUUCUUAUAUAUUUCUAUAUAAAAGAUAAAAAGAAAGUUAUUUUUGAAAUAAAAAAAAUUAAAGAAAAUGAUGCAUCUACACACAUAAAAAAUUUGAUAUUAGAGUUAAAUAAAAUAUUAAUAUAUGAACAAGUUAAACUUAUUACAAAAAUAACGAAAGAAUAUUAUAUAGAUUGUCUCAAUGAAGAUAUAGAAAAGAAACUAUCUAAAUUAAUAUUAGCAGAAGAAGAUAUGAAUAAUUUUAUAAAGGAGUGUAAUUUGUAUAACUAUAUGUGGGUGUGUGAUGAAAAAAUUAGAUAUAAUAAUAAUGAUAAAUGUAAUAAUGAUAAAUGUAAUAAUGAUAAAAGUAAUAAUGAUAUAUGUAAUAAUAAUAUAUGUAAUAAUAAUAUAUAUAAUAAUGAUAAAUGCAAUAGUAAUGUGUAUAAUAAUAAAAUACAAACUAAUGUGACAAAAAAAAAAAAAAAGGAAGAAAAUUAUUUUUCUUUUUUCAUAAAAUAUAAAAAUAAGAAUGAUAUAGAAAUGUUCAUUAAUUGUCAUCCAUUUUCAAUUAAUAGCAGUUACAAAAUAUUCUUAAAUUUUUUAAAAAACUUUUUUAAAAUAAUAAUUGAUGACUUUGAUACAUUUUUUUUUUUUUUAAGUUUAUUCUAUUUAGAAUACUUUUUGAUAUAUUGCCAUUUUUUUGAAAUAAUUUAUUUUAUUCAUUUGUCCAACCAUGAAAAAAAUUACAACAAUGUGGACACAAAUAAUAUAAAUGUGAAUAGUUUGGACACAAAUAAUAUAAAUGUGAAUAGUUUGGACACAAAUAAUAUAAAUUUGAAUAGUUUGGACACAAAUAAUAUAAAUUUGAAUAAUAUAGAUAUGAAUAAUAUGUGUGAUCUUCAAAAAAAGUAUAACUCAAAAAAUAUAUAUAAAGAUACCAAGUUUACUUCAGUGAAUGUAUCUGCUAACAAUGUUGCUACGACAUAUGAUGAAUGUAUUUUUUUAAAUAAUAAUAAACAAAAUAAAAGGAUUAUUUGGAAUAUUAUUUUUGAUGCUUUAAGAAAGAAAUUUAUUUCAGAUGUAAAAAAUGUGAAUUAUGUUUUAAAAAUAUUUAAAUAUACUUUUAGUUUUUUUUCUUUUCAAAAGAAUUUAUAUUUAAAAAGAGAUAAUAGAACAUAUAUAGAUAAUUAUAUACAUAAUACGUUAUAUAACUUUAGAUAUAUAUCAUCUAUAUAUUUAAAGGAGUUAUUGAAAUUUUGUCUUUCAUUUAUUACAAAUAUAUUAUAUUCAAAACAUUUAACUGAGGAAAUAAUUUUUAAAUCUAUUUCUUAUAUAUUUCAUCUUUUGUCUAAAUUGUUAUGUAAUACUAAUAAUGAUAUUAAAGAAUUCAUUUUAUGUGAUACUGACAAUAAUAUAGUGUUAAUUUCUAUUAUUACACAUAUAUAUAAAUAUUUUAAAAAGUUAUAUUUUAGUAAGAAUAAUGAAGAAGUUGAAAUUAGUAAAUCAAAUAAUUCCAAGAAUAAUAAUGUGGGUGUGGAGAAAUUAAAAUAUUCCUUUAUAACACAAGACAAGGUUUAUCAAAAAAUACAGGAAUGUUUGUAUAUCGUAUUAACAAUUGAUGAACAUGUUGAAUGUUAUACAAGAGAAUGUAUAAUUCCCAAGAAUAUAGAUAAAGAAAAUAGUCAUAAGAAUUAUAAUAAUUAUUCUUAUGAUAAUAAAAAUAACGUUAAUGUUGGGAAUAACCCUUGUGAUAACCCUAAAAAUAAUUUUACUGAUAACUUCUACAUUUGUGUUAUUAUAAAAAUGAAUAAAAUGAAUAUGUUUUAUUCAAACAUGGAUAUUAUUAAAGUAAUAUCUGAAAAAGAUAAAAACGUUUUUCGGAAAUUCAUUUAUACCAUAAAUAAAAAUCAUGAGAAUUUUAUAAAUUUCUUUUCCUAUAUAUUAAAUAUAAAUUAUAAAGGAAAUGAGGAUGAUUUUAUUUUAAAAAAAUAUAUUUUAAAUUUAAAAAGAAAAAAUGAAUAUUAUAAUAAAGAUAAAAAAUUGAUAAAUGUUAUGAAACCAUAUCAUUCUCCUUUAAAAUAUAUUUUUUUAAAGAAUGAAAUACAACAAAAAGGAAAUAUGUACAAUGAUAGUUAUGAUAAUUAUUGUAAUGGAGUUUCAUCAUCUGAGGAAAUAUCAGAUGAAAAAAAAGUCAAGAAAAAAAAAACAAACAAAAAGGAUAAUAAUAUAAAUAAUAUAAAUAAUAACAACAACAACAAUAAUAAUAACAAUAAUAAUAUUAGUAAUGGUUAUGAUAAGUCUUAUCAUUACAAUUUCUAUAAUCAUGAUAUGUCGUGGAAUGAUAAUAAUUAUGAUAAUAUUCAUUUUGAUGAUAAGAAUGAAAAGAAAAGAGAUGAUAUGCCAAUAUUUGAAAAUUCAAGGUUUUAUAUAAAUACAAAGAUAAUGAAAAAUAUCAAUGUAGAUUUCAAAAAUGUAUGUCAUACAAUAAUUUUGUGUGUAAAGAGAUGUAUACAAAUAUCAGAUAAUAUAUUUAAUCAUUUUGAAAAGAAUAAAAAUUUAGAAGCCAAUUUUAAUAUUUAUGUAUGUAAAAAUAUACUUAUUAAUUUUUUAAAAUGUUGUUUAUUAAAUAUAAGUUUAUCUUCUUAUUUGUGCGUGAAAUUAAAUUAUGAUUAUAUUUUAAAGGAGAUAUGCGAAUCGAAUUUAGUUGAAUAUGUUUAUAAUAUAUAUGAUAAAUAUGUUUGUUUUAUAUUAAAUCAGAAUGUAAAAAGCUUGAAUGAUCAUAAACACCUCUUACAAUUUAAUAUAAGAAAUGAAAAUAAAAGGAGAUCAAAUGUUGAUAAUAAAAAAAUACAUAAUAAUAAUAAUAAUAAUAAUAAUAAUAGUAAUAAUAGUAAUAUUUGUAGUAGUGGGGUGGUCAAGGAAUCGUCAUUAUAUAACAAUUUAUGCCUUGAUGAUAUAUAUGAUAUUUUAAGAAAUAAAAAAGAUACUCAUGAAAAUUCAAAUAAUAACCAAGAUGAUAUUACUCAUCCAAAUAAUAAUUAUAAAAAUGCUAACGAUUCAAAUGAUUAUUAUGAUUGUCAAUAUAGUACUUUUUUUAUUUCUGAUAAUACUCCAUUUGUUGAAACAUUGUAUUCAAAUUGUUUUUUAAUUAUGAUAAACGUUUUAUUAAUUUGGGAAAUGUAUCUAGAAAUACCAUUAGAAAUUCUGAAUAAAAUGAGAUAUAGUUUUUUUGAACUUUUUUAUAAUACUACCAUUAAAAUUUUAAAAUUUAUCAAAACUGAUAAAGGUUUUUUAUUUCUUUUGAAUAUUUUAAAAUUCAUUUAUACAAAAUUUAUAAGCUUACCAUUCAAUCCUAUUGAUAUCCAUACAAAUUUUAAAAUGUAUGAUUUUUAUGAAUUUCUCAUAAGUAAUAAACAUGAUAGCAAUAUAAACAAUCAUCUUAAUAAUAAUACUCCACAUCAUCAUCAUAAUAAUACUUACUAUUAUGGUUGUCUUGAUAUGGAAAAGAAAGAAGAUGAUAAAUUCAAUCAAGAUAGUUUGUUUAUGAAUUCAGUAAGUCCAUUGAAAUUUGUUCAUAAUAAUAAUGAGGAAGAAUAUAAUGAGGAAAAAUCAAAAAAUGAUAGUACCAACAAUAUCAUUAAACAUAAACAUACUAAUGAAAAAUUCAAUGAAUACUGUAAUUAUAAUAUGUUAAGUGUUAAUAAGAAAAAGAGAAUAAGUAUUGGAGGAUUGGUGCCUAUAUUUCUAACUAGCCAAAAUAGGAAUGAAAAAAAAAGCAAAAGAAAAACAAUGGUUGAUUAUGUAUCUUAUAAUAAAAUGGAAAAUGAUUCAUUUACAGACGAUGCAAAUAUAAGAGAGAAAAAAAAAAGAAAUACCUUAACAUAUGAUGAGAGCUCCUUUGUGAAUCAUAUAGAUAAUGAUCAUAAAGUAAAUUACGAUUUUUAUAAUAAAAAUGAUAAUGAAACUCCAAAAAAUAAUUAUGAUAACAAUAAAGAUAUGUUAUCAAGUGAAAAUAUAAAAGAAAGGAAAGAUGAUAAUGAAGAUGAUAAUGAAGAUGAUAAUGAUAAUAAUGAUAAUAAUAAUAAUAAUAAUAAUAAUAAUAAUAACAAUAAUAAUAAUAUGAAGAAUAAAAUGAGAAAUACCUAUUUAAAAAAUUAUUAUAUUCCUCAUAUAGAUUUAUUAUUUAUUAUUAUAGAUUUAGAAGUAUAUUAUUAUUAUGGAAAGAAGAAAUAUAAAAAAGUAAUUUUUAUUGUAGAAACCGUAUUUAGAAAUAUUAUAAAUAGGUGUGACUAUAAUACUAAAGAAUAUUUAAGGUCAUCCAUUUCAUUUAUUUAUAAUUAUUAUCAACAAAUACAUAUAAAAAGUAAUAAGAAUAAUAUACAAAGUUGUGGUAUUAUUAGACAUAUAUGUAAUUUAUAUUUUAAAUCAAAAAUAUUUUAUUUAAACAAAAAAAUUAAAAAAAUGUUAUCAUAUUAUAAGGAAAAAUGUAGUAAUAUAGAUUCAUUGAAAUUAAAUUAUAAUGAAAUGUAUGAUGUAUUUUUUAAUAGUUUGAAAUGGAAAUAUUUUUUUUAUUUUAAAAAAAAUGUGAAUUCUGAAAAUUUUUAUGAUAACGAAAAGUAUAAGAAUUAUGAUAAUUGUGAUCAUUUCAAUAACAAUAUUUUGUUGGAGGUGAAGCAAAUGGAAAGUAUGAUACUUAUUGAUGAGUUAUUAAGUAUACACAUUAAUAUUUUACUAUUUCUUAUAUUGUAUGAAUAUAUUUGUAAAUAUACAAACAUACAUUUUGUUUUUUAUUUUCGAUUUAUAUAUUUAUUUUUUAACAAAGUGUGUAUUGAUAUCUUAAAUAUAAUUAAUUGUUUCAAUCAUGUAGAAUUUUUUAAUCUCUUUGAUUUUAUAUAUCAUAAUACAUAUAAUGAUGAUAUAAAUAUGUAUGCUGUACAGAAAUUAAAAAAUGCCUUGACAAAAAUUAAUGAACAUAAAAUGUUAAAGAAUGAUAUAAUACAUAUUCCAUAUAAAUUUAAUGGUUCUAUUGAAAAAAUUAAUGAAAAGAAAAGUAUAACAUAUCAUCAUCAUCAUCAAAAAAAAAAAAAAAUUAUUAUUAUUGAUAUUGAAGAAUUGUUAGUUACUUAUGUACAAAUGAAUUUUAUUUUCUGUCGAAUUUGUUGUAUUUUUCUUUUCUUUCAAAAUAUGUGUUUUCAUAAAUAUGAUUUAAUUAAUAAAGAAUGUAAAGUAAAGGAAUAUAUGAAAUUGUUUAGAAGUAAUAGAAACAUUUUUGAUGCUUCGAGAGUUAAAAAUGAUGAAGAUGAAUAUUUAAAAAGUGAAGCUAUAAAUAAUAACAUUGAUGAAAAUAAUAAUAUGAACAUAUAUAAUACUUCUGAUUAUUAUGAAACAAAUAAAUUCGGUACAAAUUACCUUAUCCCCUUUGAUAACAAAUCAAGUGAUUAUAAUAAAUAUGACACUGAUGUGUCUGUUUCUAGUAUAUCAGAAAAUAGCUUUAUUUUAGAUGAAUGUUCAUCAUAUGAUAGUAAGAAAGAUUAUAUAAUUUUAGAAUUCAUCAUAGAGAAAAUUGAAGAAAUAAAUAUUGCUCUAAUAUAUACAAACAUGUUAAAAAAUUGUUAUUAUAUAAUAAAAGUAGAAAUGUUAUAUAAUUAUAUUUAUAAUAACAUUGAAAUAUUAAAAAGAUUUGCUUAUCUAAAUAAUGCCUAUUAUUUAUAUAAGUUGUAUUAUAAUAUGUUCGUUUGGGAUAAUAAAAAUCAUUUUGAUGGCUUAAAAGAUAUAAACAAAAAGGAGAAACAAAAAUAUAUGAACGGUUAUAAUAAAGAUGAUAUGGAUGGAAUGUCUCUCAAAGGUUAUAGUAAUAAUUACACAAAAAAUAAUGACAUUGAUGACACGUCACAAAAUAAUGACAUUGAUAAAACAUCACAAAAUAAUGAUAUUGAUGACACGUCACAAAAUAAUGAUAUUGAUGACACGUCACAAAAUAAUGAUAUUGAUGACACAUCACAAAAUAAUGAUAUUGAUGACACAUCAAAAAAUAAUGAUAUUGAUGACACGUCACAAGAUAAUGAUAAGACCGUUUCUCCAAAAAAUAACAUAAAUAAUAAGUAUCAUAAAUGCUAUCACAUUUUUCAUAUCUUAACAUUAAAUCAAAGAUUAAAAGAAAAGAUGAAUGCACGUUAUAUAAAAUUAAAGUUUUAUGAUAACUCUGAUUUGUUUACUACAUAUAAUGAUGACAUUGUGAAAAAUCAGAAUGAUUCAUAUGAACGUACGAAUGAAAAUAUAAUGAAAAAUAAUAAUACAUGUGAUGAUUGUUUUUGUAAAUCUUCUUUUGAUAUUUCGUAUUUUUCAUGUAAUAUAUAUAAUUUUAAUUUAAAUUUAUUUCAUCCCCUUAAUAUUAGAAAAAAUCGAAAAAUACAAAUUUAUGAAAAUAAUACAAACAGGAACCCUUUUAUUAGUUCUCAAGUUAUUAAUAAUAAGUAUUUAAUGAAUUUAAAUAAAAAGUAUAAUAAGAUUAAAAAAUAUAUAAUGAAUUAUAUCAUAUCAACCUAUUUUAUAAUAUUAUGUUUUUAUUUUAAUGAAUAUAAUAUAGAAGAACAUAAUUUAUCCUUUUAUUUUAUUCUUCAUUUGUUUCAAACAAAAUUUCAUGUUUUUAAUAAUAAUUUUUUUUUAAAUAUAGAAAAUAGAUAUGAAUCAUUAAAUGAAAAUAUGUACAGUCCAAAACAUGUUAUAACGAAGGAAAAUAAAAGUAGAGAAAAGAAUUUUAUAUAUUUACAAGAGUGUAAAUAUAAAAUAUAUACAGAAUAUGAAUUGAAGAAUAAUAUUUAUCUUAUAUUCGAAAUUUUAAAUAAUAUAUAUGAUGUAUAUUAUGGAAACAUAUUUGAGAAUAUAUCAGUUCAUAAUAACAUUGAGAUAAAUAUUGAUUUAAAUUUUAUAACUUAUUUGAGCGAAAUAUAUAAUAUUUUAUUUUUCUAUAAAAUGUAUAAAGAAUGUGUACAUAUAUUAUUAUUAUGUAUUAUGUGUACUUCUAAGUUUUUUUGUUUAUAUAUAUUUAAUGAGAAACAUGUAUAUAAAGAGGAAACUUCAUUAGAUUUUGUUGAUAAGGGAAAUGUAAAAAGUAAAAUUAUACACAUUACGAAAAAGAGAAAUACACAUAUAAAUAUGAAUGCAGAAAAUAAUACACAUCUUAAUAGUAAUAAGGUUAGGUAUGAUUAUUAUUAUAAUGAUUUCAUGUAUGAAGAAAAAGAUAAGGAAUCAAAAAAUAUAAUCAAGGGGUCUCAAGAAUGUGCAGAAGUGAAAAGGAUAGUAUAUCAAGACGAAAACGUAUUAGAAAAUAAUAAUAUGAAUGAAAGAGAAUUUUAUGCGUUUGAAAAAGUUAAUAUGCCUUUUUAUGAUAUUAACUCAAAAAAUGACAAUAAUGAUAAUAAUAAUAAUAAUAAUAAUAAGAGUAAAAGUAAAUGUAAAAGUAAAAAGGAAAAGACAAAUAUAUAUAAUAUAAAGAAAAAUAGAAUAAUACACAUUUUAAAUAUAAUAUAUAAUAAAAUAACAUACAAUGUAAAUGAUAUGAAUGUUAAAGAAAUAUAUAUCAAUUUACAUAAUUAUAUGCAGAACUUAAUAAUAUGUAUAUCUCUUUUUUAUUCUAUAUAUAUAUGUCUUGAAAAAUUAUGUAAAAAAGAAUAUAAUAUUAUUUUUUUUAAUUGUGCUAAUAAUAUUUAUAAUUAUUAUAUUGAAUUUUAUCAAUAUAUUAAAAAUUUUUGUAAAACAUAUUGUAAAGAAAAAAUAUACAUGUCUACUUUCUUUUUUGAUAAUUUCAAUUUAAAAAUAAUUAAUCUGAGAAUUUUGUCCAUUAUAAAAGAAAAAGAGAUAUACAUAAAAAGAAAAGAAAAAAAUAUAAGUAAGCGUAUGAACAAUGAUGAAAUAAUAAAUAAUAAUAAAAAAAAAAAAAAAAACCAUAAUAAUAAUAACAAAAACCAUAAUAAUAACAAUAAUGAUAAUAAUAAUAAUAAUAAUAAAGAUCCUGUGAGUAAGGUGUGUUUACCUAAUAUUCUUCCGGAAAACAUGUCAUUCAGUUAUAUAAAAGAACAAAAUGAUCAAAGCAAUAAUUCAAAUGAAGAUUCACAUAUUUUAUUAUUUCGUACAAACUUUUAUUCAAAGUUUUCUUAUUUAUUAUUUGAUAUGAGGGGAAAUGUUUUUAAAGAUUGUAUGAUUAUGUUAAGAAAUAUCGAAAGUAGAUAUAAAAAUGAUUGUAAUUUUAUUUUUCGGAAUAAUCUUGAACUAUACUUUAAUAUUGUAAAAUAUUUAUACGAAAAUAGUAAAGAUCAAUAUAUAGGAUUAUUUUUAUUUUUUCAUGGAUAUAUUAUAUAUGAACUAGAAGAUAAGAAAAUUAAUAUGAUGAAAAAUUUUUGUUCUUUUAAUAUAUCAUGUAAUUUUUUCUGUUUAAAAUUUGAACAACGUUCAUAUGAUUUUGAUAUCGAAGGAUUAUCAAAUUUAUCAAAAAAUGAUUCUAUUGAUGAUAUAAAACUAAGAAAUAAGUUAAUUUUAAUGAAUACAGAAAAUCUUUAUUGUAAUGGUUUUUUAAGAACGGAUUUUUUUUCUGUAACCAAAUUUUUUAAUAUAUAUAUUAAAAAUAUAUACAAAAUAUUUUUUAAAUUAAAUAAUUUUUUUUCAAGCUAUUUCUUUUUAAAAGAAUUUAUUAUAUAUAUAUCUAGUAUUUUAUAUUUACCAGAAAUGGUUCAUAUUUAUAUUUAUUUAAUAAAUAUUAUAUUAACAAGUGGAAAGGAAAGAAUAGAAAUAUUAACACAAGAAGAAUUAUUUUUUGAAAAUUUAAAUAAUGAAUUUAAUAUGUUUGAAAAAAAGAAGUUUGAUCAAAUAAAUAAAUAUGAUGUAUAUAAUAAAGAUGUUAAAAUAUAUGAACAAAAUGAUUUUACAGAUAUUAAUUAUGAUAAGACACCACUGAAUACAUAUAUAACAAAUAAAUAUAUAUAUGAAUACAAAAAAGUAUUGAAUGAAUUUUUUGUAUAUUUAAAUUAUUUAAUAUCAAAUAAACAAAAUAUGAAUAUAUUAACUCCUAAAUAUAGAAAAGAAAUUCUUUACAUUUAUUCAUUGUUCAUUUUAAAAAAAAAACAAAAGCAAUAUUAUUAUUAUGUUAUGAAAAAUAGAAAAUGGAAAACAACAAAUAUGUUCAUAGACAAUUUACAAAAUAUUAAUCACCUAGAAGGAGAAGAUAAAAACAUUAAUGGUGAUAAUAUAAAGACAACAAAUGUAUUACAUAAUACAAUACAUACGAAAAAUAUAUCAGAGGAUAAUAAUAAAAAAGAAAGAAGUAAUAUUAUAUCACCAGUUGUAAAUUAUGAAUUUAAUGAUGAUAAUAAUAAUAAUAUAGAGAAUGAUGAAUUAUAUAAUAGUAAUAUGGAUGAUAUUAAUAAGUUUGGAAAAAAAUUUUUACAGUGCUUUAAUGAAUGUAAUAAAAUUAGAAAGAAUGAAAAUAUAUGUUUUCAAUUUUUUGUUGAAAAUUUAUUUCUUGGACAUAAUAUGGAUACAGACAUAUAUAAUAUAUAUAUAAAUGAUGAAGUAAGUGUAACAACGAUUUUAAAAAAUAUGAUAUUUGAUGAUAUAAGUAAGAUUAAUAUAAAUGAAAAGAUGAAUAAUAUGGAUAUAGAUUAUAUAAAAGAGGAUGAUGAGGCACACAUAAAAAAUACACAUAAUAGUAUAUAUAAUAAUAUAUAUAAUAAUAUAUAUAAUAAUAUGCGUGAUACUAAUAAUUGUAAUGAUCAUAUUACAUAUGAGAAAGAAAAAAAUAACUCUACACAUUUUGAUAAUCCAUAUUAUGAUAAAAAUAAUAAGUUCAAUAUAUACAACUUAUUUAAUGAUAUAUAUUAUUUUAAUGAAGAUGAUAUAGAAUUAAAUUCAAGUGAUUUUAAGCUUAUGGAUAUUUCAGUAUUAAAUUAUUUACAUUUAAAUUAUGAUUUUGAAAAUAAUUUAAAAUAUAUAUAUAAUUAUAUUAAUAAUAGAUUAUUUGUCUAUAAUUGUAAAAAGAUGAAUUCCUAUUUUAUUAAAAUAUUGUAUUAUUAUAUAAACCUAGUAUUUUUAAAAAUAAAAAAUAUUUUUUGUGAUGACUGUAUAUAUGUCAUUAAAAAACAACAAUCUUUAAACUCAUCAGCAAAUGAUUGUUGCUCUAAUAUAUUUUUUCUAUUAUAUGUGAGACUAUUAUAUAAUUUAAAAAUACCAAAGGAUAUAUUACAUGAAAUAUGUUCGAAUUAUUUCCCAGGAAAUAAGUGUAAAAAAUAUAUAGACCUUUUAUGGAACAAGCAAAAAUUUGGGAAUGUACCAAAUAAUGAAUGCGAUUAUAAUAAAAUAAAAAUGGUGGUUCAAAAAGGUGGUAUGAACAAAACGGAAAAAAGUCCUCAAGAAUAUGAUACACACAAUAAUGAUAAUAAUAAUAAUAAUAAUAUUAAUAAUAAUGAGGACUGUGGUAAUUCUUGUAAUACUGGAGAUAAUAAUUUUAAUUGUAAAAAUCGUUGCCAACCCAAUCCAGAUAUAUUAUUCUUAUAUUUAGUAGAAAUAUUUUUAUUUCCUGAUAAAGAUUGUAGUUAUUUUGAAGUGCUUAGUACAUGUUAUCAAUUUAUAAUAAAUAUAAAAGGAGGUAGAGAAAAUGUAUAUAUGAAAGAUGAAAUGUUAAAAAGGAUGUAUGAAAUAUUAAAAAAUAUACUUUUAAAACAAAAUUAUGAAAAUAUUUAUUAUUUUCAAAUUAUCCUAAUAUAUACUUCAUUAUUAUUAUACAACACUCACAUGAAAUCGUUAGUAUAUGAAAUGAGGAUAAUAGCUCAAUUUUAUUUAGAUUUUAUAUUUUUUUUUAUAGAAAAUAUAAAAAAUAAUUUGAUUAUUUUGGAUAUAAUAAAAUCGUACGCUGCUGAUCAGAAGGAUAUGUGUGAUAUGGAGAAAAAUAAUAAUAUCAUGAGUGAUCAAAAAGAAGAAGAAAAAAAGAAAAUUAAUAAUAAUGAUAAUAAUAAUAAAAAUGAAAAUAAUAAUAAAAAUGAAAGUAAUAAUACAAAUGAAAAUAAUAAUGAUAAUAAUUGUAAUAAUUUUUAUAAUGAUGAACAAAAUAUAUUUUUUUACUUAUUAAAAUGCUAUUUCAGAAAAAUGAUAUCAUUAUUGUAUUUAUAUACAGACGAGUUAAUAUUGUAUACUAUUAAACAUAACAUCGAUUUCGAAAUAAACGAAAGAGAAUAUUUUAGAAAGAACGUAUGUACGAGUAUAAAUUCAGAUAUUAUAUAUAAAUAUAUGAAUGUUAAAGAAGUGAAUCUAAGUAAUUUAUGUAUUUAUUGGGACUAUACAAUUAUUUCUGUAAGUCAAGAUAAAAAUAGUUUAUAUAUAUCACGAUGUUAUAAAAAUUUUCUAUUAAUAUUAGCUCAAAUGUUUAAAAUAUAUCAUGAAAAUGAACUGAUUAAUAGGAUAUUUUCAACUGACUUUUAUAAUAUGGACAUAGUAAAUGAUAUAAACGAAUUAUCGUUUAUUAUAAAUAAUCAGGACCAAAACAUAUAUAAUAAUAUAAAAAAUAAUAUAAAUAAUAAUAUAAAUAAUAAUAAUAAUAAUACUAUUAGUAGUAGUAGUAGUAUUAGUAGUAGUAUUAGUAGUAGUAGCAUGAAUAAUAAUAUUGAUAGUAAUUGUAAUAAACUCAAAUCCUAUUGUAACCUGUUUAACAUUCUAAAUAAUAACGACUUGUUAGAAAAACACUUUGAUUCAAUGUUUGAUACUUAUGUUAUCAAAAGUAAUAUAAGAGAAUGGUUAAAUGAUAACUUGUAUUAUUCAACGAAGGAUAUCGAAAUGAAUAAACAAGGAUAUACACACGAAAAGAACUCAACCUGUAAUUAUAAUAAUGUAUUAAAUAAACAUAAUAUAAACGAAAUAAAAAAUGGAGAAUAUAUUGCAUGUCCUGAAAAUUGUGACAUCUUAAAAAGUGAUGAAAAAUCUUUAUUCAUAUCACAAUUAAAUCAUUAUAAAAAAGAAAAUUUUUUUUAUAAUUUUAAUAUAUAUGACGUAGUCAAUGUUGAUAAGGAAAUAGAUAUGAAGGAACAAAGACAUGUGAAUAAUUCAAAUAAUAUAAUAAACAAUGUGAAUGUAGUCCAUCUUUUUAUUUUAUUGAAUAAAAGAGCAAAUGAAUGCUUAAAUAGGAAAAGGGUUGAAUAUUUUCAUGUUGAGAAGAUCCAUUUAAAUAUUGAAAGGUAUACAUAUAAAAACAAAUGGAAUUAUAUAAGAAAGUUGGAAAAAUUUUUAAAGCAAUAUCAACAUAUGAUUAAGGUUAUGUGUGAAAUAUUAAGUGAAUCAAAAUAUGUAGAUAGAAAUGAAAUCAAUUUAAGAAAAUGUGUAGAUCAAUGGUGGAAAAAUAGGUAUUUAUUAGAGCAGCAUUUGAAAAUCUUGAAUCUGGAUAUAUCAAAUAGUUUAGGUUUUUCUAUACAUAAAUUAAUGUCAAUUCCUUUAAUUAAUAUAAUAACAAAAUGGAACAUUAUGGAUGAUAAAUCGAUGAAAAAUUAUACAGCAGAAGAUGAUAAUAAUAAUGAAAAUUAUAAUAAUAUUGAAAAUUAUAAUGAUAAUGAAAAUAAUUAUUAUUGUGAUGUACUUGAAGAUGAAAAAAAGAAUAUUUCCACAUUAAAUCAUUCAAAAAACGACGAAGAAAAUUAUGUACAUAACACCAUAUCACCUUUAAAUAAUCAGUUAUAUUACUUAAAAGCUAAUUUUGAUAUUUUUAUUUAUAUUUUUUAUUUUCAUCAAAUUUUGAGGAUCCUCAGAUGGUUAAGAAAAUGGAAUAAAUUUAUUCUUCCACUAAAAUACUGGAGUGAAAUUGACUAUAUAAAUGUCCUUAUAAAUUUAACCAUAUUUUCGGUAACACUAAAAAAUUGUAAUCUCGAAAUUAUUAAUGUAAAAAAAAAAUAUUUGCAAAAAAUGUGUAAUUUGAAAAAAAGGAGAGAUGAUAAAAAUGUGUCAAAGGAUUAUUUUUGUAAGGAGGAAAUAAUUAUACAAAAUGGAAAUAAAAAUGAUGACAUAAAUAAUGUAAAUAAAAAUAAAACUAAUUAUUAUAAUUAUAAUGAUAAUCAUAAUAUGAAACAGAAGAAUAUUGAUUUUUCUAAUGAUAUUUUAAGUAAAAAUGAGAUCCAACAUUCUGAUUAUAUUAUUGACCAAUAUAAUAUUUCAUAUUAUGAAAACUUUAUUAAUGAACAUAAUAUUAACAAGAAAGAUAAUAUCAUUAUUAAGAAUAACCGUAAUUCCUUAAAUAUCAACAAAACUAGCACGUCCUAUUUACCAUGUUACAAUAAAGAUAUUGAAGAUAUUCUUAUUUUUAAAAAAAUGAUUGAAAAGAAAAAGGAAAAAGAACCAACGGAUACAAAAAAAGGAAAAAUUAGGGGAAGACGACAUACAUACUGUGAACAAAAUAUAUAUUCCGUAGAAGAAUAUGGGGAAAAUAAUAUAUAUCUUAGACCUAACAUGAAUCCUACUAUUAAGAAUGAUGUAGUAAAGAACAAUACUAAUAAUUCAAAAUACACAAAUUGUAAUAUACCAAUAAAUAGUAUUAACUCAUGUAAUAAUAAUAUAGAAAAUUAUGAUGAACUUGAAGAAAAAAAAAAAAAAAAAAAAAAUUCAUCUAGUAUAACAAGUAAUACAAAAAUGAAUAUCAAAAAAAAAACUGAUAAUUUCAAUAAUAAUAAUGUUUAUGAAUAUUUGAACCCAUUGAAAAAUACAAAUAAUUCUGAAUGCGAAAUAAAUGAAAAUUAUAAAUUAGUGAAUAAAAAAAAAAAUAAUAAAAGAAAUACAAUAUCUGGUAUUUUCUUUGAUUAUGAUAUGAAACAAAGAUAUGAAGAAUUACCAGAGAAAAAUUUUUUGAAAUUUUUAGAUUUAAGAAAAAAAUGUGUUAAAGGAUUAUUGAGAUGCUCUUUUAUUAAAUUAAGAAUGUAUUUAUAUCAUAUAUUAAUAGAUGUUUUUGAGAAUGCAGAUAUAGAUCCAAUGAAUAUUUUUGACCUUUUUAAUAUUAUAACACAUUCAUUUAUUAAGGAUGUCUUAUUUUGUAACCUUACAAUAGAUAAAACUAAUAAAGAUAAAUAUAUAUAUACAAGAAAUGUAGAAAAUAAUAGUGUAAGAAAAAAUCCUGUUAUUUUAUAUGUGCAUAGUAAUUUAAGUAGAAUAUCUUUAGAAAACUUGGAACCUUUAAAGGAUUCAUAUAUUGUAAGGGGUGUGAGUAAAAUGGUAACUACUUAUUUGUAUAAAAGGUUGGUAAAUAAGAUAAAGCGUGGUAAAAGUAUAGGUAAAAAAAAAAAAUACAUUUAUGAUAAUAAGCAUGACGAGGAUGAAUAUAAUAAUAAUGAUGAGGAUGAUUAUAAUAAUAAUGAUGAGGAUGAAUAUAAUAAUAAUGAUGAGGAUGAUUAUAAUAAUAAUGAUGAGGAUGAAUAUAAUAAUAAUGAUGAGGAUGAAUAUAAUAAUAAUAAUAAUGAGGAUAAUUAUAAUAAUAAUGUGGAUGAUAUGGAUAUGAAAAAAUAUAUAAAUUAUGAAUAUAAUAAAAAAUGGGAGAUCGAUUCAUCUGAAAAUGUGUGUGAUAAAAAAAAUGUGGCGCGUAGAGCGACAUAUAAUUCGACAACUUUGAAGGAUAUAAAUAAAAAUAUAAAUAAUAAUAAUAAUAAUAAUGAUAGUAAGAUUGUGACGAAGAAUGGUAUUAUGAAGGAUAAUCCAAAUGGUAAUUAUAACAUUUUCAAUUUUUAUGAUAACAAGAAUUCGUUUAAUAAGAACCAAGGUAAAACAUUUGAUAAUUCAAUAAAUAUGAAAAGAAAAAAUGAAAAAGAGGAAUAUGUUAUAAUUGACGAUGAUGAUACAAAUAAUAAUAAUAAUAAUAAUAAUAAUAAUAAUCUUCUAAAUAAUAAAAAAGGAGAUAAUAAUUACAAUUUAAUUGUUACAAAAGAAGAAGAAAAGAACCCAAUGUAUUCAAAUAAAAGUAAUAAUACAAAAGAAAAGAAAAAUCAUAAAAGAUCAAGAAAAAGCAUGAAUAUUGAAUAUUCCUUUAUAAAUCCUUUUCUUAAUAAAUAUAAGGAAAGAUCAAAAAAUAAAAGAAAUUUCACUUCAUGUAGUACACAAUUUUUAAGUGAUAAAGGAGAAGAAGAAAAAAAAAGAAAGGAUGAAUAUAAUAUGAGUGAAAAAGAAUAUAUAUUGGAUAGAAAUAAAAAAAAAAAAACUAUAAAAAAUAAUAAAAGUAUAAUUUCAAGUAAUAUAUCCAUAACACGUUCUUUAUCAAAUUCAUCAGAUUCAUCUGUAGAAUUAGUACAAAAUGAAGAUGAACUUAAGAAAAUUUUUAUGAAUGUUAGAAAUUCAUUAAAUUUUCAAAAUAUAAUGUCAAUUGAUAAUAAAGAAGAAUAUUGUGAUUAUCUUUAUUCUAAAAGAAAAAAUAGCAUAAGUGAAUCUGAAGCAUAUUUUGGUGAAAAAAAGAUGAAGCGUAUGAGUUCAUUUUUAAAAACCUCGAAGAAGGAUAAAAGAAGAACAUAUUCAAAUGAAAGAGAAUAUGGAUCAAAAACAUACGAAGUUAAUGGUAUAAAAUAUGUACCAUAUUAUAUUAGUAGCCCAAGAAUAAUUGAUCCUUAUAAAAGUAAAAUAUUUUUUUUAAUUAAUCCUAAUGGUGAUUUAAAAAGGACUGAAGAUGCUAUUAUUCCAUUUAUAUAUCAUAAAAAUAAAGAAAAAUAUAAAUAUAAAAAUUGGGAUGGAUAUAUUGGUAAUGUACCAAAUGAAAAUAUUUUAAUAGAUCAUUUAUGUAAUGAUGAUUUAUUUUUGUAUUGUGGACACCAAGGUGCAGAACAAUAUAUGAAAAAAGAAAACAUUAAAAAUGGAUUACCUAGUCUAGAAUUCAUUAUAGAUUAUAUUGUUGAAAAGAAAAUUAUAAAUUUGAAAAAGUAUCCUAAAAUAAAGGAAGUAAUAAAUUUAUAUACUAAUAAAUAUAAUAAUAAAAAAAAUCAACAAGUAGAAAAUAGUUCUAAUGCAAAACAAAAUAUAAAUCAAAGGAAGAGAAACUCUUCUACAUUUACUUUAACAAAAAAUGAAAAGAACACACGUAAUUUUAUAAAAAAAGAUAUGAAAAGAAAAAAUAUAGGAUCUAUUAAUAAUAUAUUAGUUCAUUUAGAAAAUAUAAAACGAAAGAACACUACAAAAAAUAAGGAUAAUAUUAGUGAUGAUAAUAAUGUUGAUGGAAAUAAUAUGGAUAAUGAUAAUAAUAAUAAUAAUAAUAAUUCAAAAAUAUAUAUAAGUCCACUUAGCAAAGGAUUAAAUUGUUGUACAUUCUUAAUAGGUUGUAGUUCUGGUCUUAUUUCAUCAUACGGUUUUGAUUUAGAUGCCUGGGGUACUGUUUAUGAUUAUAUAGUAGGAGGAUCUUUAUUUGUUUUUGGAAAUUUGUGGAAUGUAACUGACGGAGAAGUAGAUGGAUUUACACAGAACUUUUUAUGGAAAUGGACACAACCAAAUUCUUCUUCUUUAUUUCAAGCAAAAUUCAUAUAUAAUGAAAAAUUACCAUCUUUGAAUUUAAGCUUUAGUUUCUUUUUGGAAUUAUUUUUAAAAAAUAUGAAAAAUAAUCAAAAUAUAAAAAAUUAUCAAAAUAUAAAAAAUAAUCAAAAUAUAAAAAAUAAUCAAAAUAUAAAAAAUUAUCAAAAUAUAAAAAAUUAUCAAAAUAUAAAAAAUAUUGAAAAAUUAUUUAAUAACAAUAUAAAUUUACUAAAAUUAGAUAUGGAUAUUGGUGACAAUUUUAUUACUGUACCUAUGAAUAUCUAUAAAUUUAUAAUAAAAAAUAAGUUUUUCUAUAUAUAUUUCACAGAUUAUUAUAAUACGAAUAUUUUUGUAAAUAAAAACCUUUAUUAUAUUAAUCAAAAUAAGAAAUAUAUGUGGUUAAGUAUAACAGAAGCCUUAACAGAAGCUAAGCAAUAUUGUCGCCUACCCUACGGUACAGGUUCUGCAGGAGUUAUGUACGGUUUGCCCAUAUAG